CUUUAAAAGUAAAUGAUCAGAUGAUCAGACCUCUUAGUGAGAAGGCAAAUGUCGAACUGAUUAAGACCACAGCAAGCGGAAAACAGGAAGGCAUCGAAAGACAAAUGCUCAUCAGUGCCCACUGGUGAAACGGAUCACCGGGAAAUUGGUGCACCACAGACUUGACAGAAGGGGAAAAAGAAGGAUAUUGUUGAAAAAUGAUUGGCCCCUGGAAAAGAAUGCCUUUUCUGAGAAAGAUGUACUCGGGGAAGAGAAGGAUAUGGUCUUCUCCUCUGGAAAAUCAGAUCAAAGCUGAGGCACAGCAGUGGGGACAGAAACCAUCCAAACACCUCAUAGAUGCCAGCUGGGGUGAUGCUCACAGGCUGGGGAUGAAACCGAUCUCCUUCGUACGGCAGGUGACUGCUGCUUGCCUUUACCCUGAGCUUCUGCAUAGUGAGACACUGCCCGUGGAUGCUCGAAUGAGGGCUCAGAGACUCCUGAGAGAGUGUUAUGGAGGGAGUGUGGGUGCGUAUUCUGCAAUGAGUGGUAUCCCUCAUGUGCAGCGUAGCGUGUCAGAUUUUAUCUCACGACGGGAUGGAGGUGUACCUUCAGACCCUGACAACAUCGCCAUCUGCAACGGGUCUCAGUCAGCACUACUGGUUAUUUUGAAGCUUCUGUCCUAUGGAAAGGGGCUGAACCAAACAGGUGUUCUGGCCCCACUGCCCAUUUACAGCCUUUUCAAAUUGAUGCUGACGACACAGGGGGCAUUCAUGGUGCCCUGUCAGCUCUUUGAGGAGGAAGGCUGGGCUCUGAAAGUGGAGGAGCUACGCAGAGUCAUCCAGGCCACAAGAAGUCACUGUACCCCGAGAGCUAUGUACGUCAUAAAUCCUGGAAAUCCUACAGGACAUGUUCAGAGCAGAGAGUCAAUUGAAGGGGUGAUCCAGUUUGCUGCUGAAGAGAGGCUCUUCCUGUUAAUUGAUGAGGUGUACCAGGACAGCGUGCACAUGGAGGGCUGUGAAUUUAUCUCCUAUAAGAAGGUGCUGUUUGAGAUGGGGCCAGAGUACUCGGACACAGUACAGAUGGCUUCCCUUCACUCAAUUUCGAAGGGAUUCAUGGGAGAGUGUGGACUGCGUGGAGGUUACAUGGAGCUUGUGAACAUCGACCCUCCAGUCAUGAAUGUGCUACACACACUCCUCGCCACUGUGGCAUGCUCUUCCCUGAUUGGCCAGAUCGCUCUGGACAUCAUGGCUGAUCCCCCACAGGAAGGGGAUCCCUCUUACCCCACAUAUUUGAAGGAGGUCCAGUACAUUCGGGAGACGCUGGCCUGGAACAUUCGUCUGGCCCAGGAUGUCCUGGGAGGUCUACCGGGGGUGACCUGCCAGCCGGUGAUGGGGGGCAUAUUCGUCUUCCCCCGUCUGCACCUCCCCUCGAGAGCAGUGGAGCAGGCCAAGGUGGCUGGGAUGGACGCCAGUCAGCUAUACUGCAGCAGGCUGCUGGAGGAAGCAGACCUAUGCGUCGAGCCAGGGUGCGAGUACGGGCAGCGAGAAGGCACCCACCACAUCAGGAUAUGUGUGUUGACCCCCACGGAGAACCUGGAGGAGGUGCUGAGGCGCUUGAGGGUCUUCCACCUCAGAUUCCUGAGCCAGUUCUCCUGAUCGGGACGGCCAGUCACGCGGCUAAAUCUGCACUGCCCCGGCCCGUAGGACUGGAAACGCACACGCCCCGUUUUAAACAAAGGACACAAACAAAACCUGACAAGCCACUGUUGUCAUCUUGUCAG